CAAAGCAUUGCAAGAGCGAUGGCCGAUGGCAGCCUGGACGCGGAGGUGGUGAUCGUCGGCGGCGGCAUCGCGGGCCUUGCAACGGCGGUGGCGCUCCAGCGGGCGGGCGUGGCGCCCGGUGGCCGCGGCAUCUUGGUGCUAGAGCGGCACCCCGAACUGCGCGCCACCGGGACGGCCAUGACCGUCUUCCCCAACGGCUGGUUCGCGCUCCGCGCGCUUGGCGUCGCACACAAGCUCACGUCCCGCUACGACGUCAUCGAAAAAUCCCGGGUGACCAAUCUUGAGACCGGGACGACGCAGGUGUUUCGAUUUGCCGGGAACAAAAGAAGUGAUGAAGUGAGAAUGAGAGCCGUGGACCGAAAGGCGCUGCUGGAUGCGCUAGCAGACGAGCUGCCCCCGGGCAUGGUCCGCUUCUCCUCCAAGCUCGUCUCCAUCGACGCCAUACCCGCAACUAGCGGCUCGUCGGAGGCCACCGUCCUAAGAUUAGAAGACGGCGCCGUGAUCCGAGCCAAAAUUCUGAUCGGUUGCGACGGCGUGCACUCGGUGGUGGCGCGGUGGCUCGGCCUGUCGGAGCCACUGAGGUCGGGCCGGUCCACCAUCCGCGGCCUCUCCGUGUACCCUAGCGGGCACGGUUUGAAGCAAGAGAUCCGGCAGUACCUGUCGAACGGUAUCCGAGCCGGCUUGCUGCCCAUCAGCAAUACCGGUAUCUACUGGUACCUUGUCAACAACACCAUUCCCCAAGGCAAUGUUGCAGAGAAAGUAGCCAGUGCGGACCCUGUGAAGAUCUUGCGGGAGGUGACUGAAAACCUGGGCGCGCACCUGCCCGCCGAGUACCUGGACGUGGUCCGUAACACCGACCUGCGCAACCUCUCGUGGGCGCCAUUGUUGUACAGAAACCCCUGGGGCGUGCUCACGGGCAAGGCAGCCCGUGGAACGGUAACCGUAGCCGGCGACGCGUUCCACCCCAUGACACCGGAGAUGGCGCAGGGCGGGUGCUCCGCGCUCGAGGACGCGGUGGUGCUCGCCCGCGCCUUGUCGCAGGCCGCCACGCCCUCCGAGGGCCUGGCCGCAUACGUGGCGAAGCGGCGUGGCCGGGCGACAUGGCUGGUCGCCGUGGCCUACGUAUCGGGCUGGGUCCAGCAGGGCGGGACCAACGUCCAUGCUGCCGUUGGGUGGGUGGUCAGGUUGUUUCGGGACUGGAUCUUUUUCCGGUUCGUCUUCCCUAGGCUCGCCGACACCAUGUGGUACAAUUGCGGUGACCUUGUGCCGUGCAAGAACCACACCGAGUGAAACAUAGGGCAUCGGAGUAUAAUACAGCCACUGCAGGUGGGAGUGCGACGAGUAAAUUGCAUAAAACCAUCAUUUUAAGGGCUAGGUUUGUAAAGAUUACUAGGGGACAGUUUCUCUGCAGAAAGCACCACGUCUUACGUAA